AUGGAUAUUCGACCAUAUGAUGCAGCAAACGAAGACAGUUCUCUUGAAGAAUUUUUCCGCCUAAAGCUAUACAGUCCGUUGCUAUCUCACAUCAUCAAAGUAUAUGAUCUGGAUACAAGCUCCACUUAUCAAACUGCAGUCGCUGAAGACGUCGCAAGUUUGCUUACUACUAAUCGUAAUGAUGGAAACAUGAUAUCUUGGUUGGGAAUGUAUAAAUGUGAUAUCCAUACUAAACACGAAAUCGAAGUUCUCAUUGGAAAAUUAUUAACUCAACCUGUAACCCUCAACUUAGCGUUUCGUUUGCACGCGAUGCGUUCCAACCAUAUAUUAGAUCUUUCCGUGCGUAUCCACGAUGAUUUGGAUAGAUAUGAUAUUCUCUUUGGUUACGCCGCUUUUGUUCGAUUCAACUUCAUUGAGCACGAGAUAAAAAGGUCAGAGGUCGUGCUACCAGAUUUCAUUGGGUUCAUGUCCAACGGAAUAAAUUUGGACGUCAAAAAAAUUGAAAGAUUGUUUUCAGAUGAAAGGUGGACGCAUAAGGAUGAAUUCAUUCGCUUGGGUCUCGUUGAUACAAAUAUUUUCAACAACCUGGAUAAGGAUGAAGUGCGUUUGUUUAAAGCUGCUGUGCAGUCUCGAUAUCAAGCGAAGUUGGUCAAAGAGGCCUUGGAAGCAAUUAGUAACGGCGUUUCAUUAGCCAGAGAUUAUAACAUGGAGGCCUUGGAAGCAAUUAGUAACGGCGUUUCAUUAGCCAGAGAUUUUAACAUGGAGGUCACGUUCAAGGCGAUGCUGAUAGAUGAGGAACUUGUGCGACAGCUUCAAGCGGUGCUUAAAGACGAGAGAGCAAUGCAAUCGCUUCAAGCAAUGUUGAAGGAUGGUCCAUUGCUACUGCCUAAAGGUGUUGUGGAGAUGAAGGAGGAAAAAGUUGAUGAUGCGACUAAGCUCAUUUCGUUAAUCAAGAAAGAGGAUACAUUGCAACUGCUCGAAAUGUUUAUGGCGGAUAAUGAACAUGUGAAGAUCCUUAAAGAUGCUGUAGUACGAUUUACAGCAGUUGAUGACAUGUUAAGCAGUACGGAAUUGGAUACGGUGACAAUACUCCAAGCGAUUCUCGACGAUCCAAUCAAGGUGCAAAUUCUUGAAAAUGCACUGAAAGACGAGACGCAUUUAAGCCUAUUUAAAAAGGUCUUGGAGGACAAGGAAAAGAUCCAUAAAUUCAGGGUUGAACUACCUGACAAGACACAACAAGAUGCGCUCGAUCAAGUAUUCGAGGAUAUGAAUCAAGUGUUUUCUCUCAGAGUGGCUUUGAUAGAUGAUGGUCGUUUGGAAUUGCUCCGAGCGGCUGUGAAUGAUAAUGAAAAGGUGAUGGAUGUCGUGGAUUUUCUGAAGAAAAAGAAAUUGGUAAAUAUUUUCAGAUCUUUACUCGACAGUAAAAAAAAAAUUAAUUGGCUUGGAGCAGCUACUUCAACUCAUUAUAAGCAGGUUCAACACGCUUUGCAAAGGCGAGAUAGGAGGAUGUUUGCAAUGGAAUUGUUUAACCAUCUCGAGUCACUUGAGAAGACAAAAGGUAUUGAACCUUAG